AUCACUCAAGGGAAAUACUUCCAAGUCACAGACAGAACAUCUGAAUAAAACCACCGAAUUCCGUGGGUAAUGUCAAAUUCAUCUAGUCAGGCUAGUUGUGGCUCUUGUUCGUCAACAAAUACUAGUAAUCCAAUAUCUGAAAAUAACUUUGGGGUGUCACACAUGGCGGGCUCGUUGCAGAAUGGCAUCAUACAUUUCAAUGUCGGUGGGCGUGUCUCGUCGACGACCACAGCCACACUUCAAAAAUACCCCGAGUCGUCCUUAUUUAGAUUGGCGCUUCAUUCGUCAGGAAAACUGCAUCCGAUCGUCGAUGAAAAGGGAAGAAUUUUCAUCGACCGAGAUGGCACGCUAUUUCGGCACGUUUUAAAUUUCCUCCGUGUAGGGAAGUUAGAGCUACCGUCUGAUUUUAAAGACUAUGACAUCCUUCACCAGGACGGGGAAUACUAUAAGUUACCGCAGCUUUGCGAUGCUGUCAAAGUUGCUAUGAAUGCCCUCAAAACGGAUGCAAAACCUUGCUAUAUUGAAGUCAGUGAAUAUGCUAGCAAGCACAACGACCCCGUUGAUGGCUAUAAAAUCCAAAUGCCUUUCACGAUUGGGACAAAUCAUGCAAGUAUCCUAGCGCCCUCUAUUUGUGCCCACACAUGUAUGCCGCUCAAAGAGGAGAAUUUCCAACCGCUUCUGAUUAACGAAUCAAAGAGCGAAACAGAUAUGGAGAUGUGCCAUACAUCAUCGACACGCUUACAAUGGGCGCAGAAACUCCGCAGCCACAACUGGGAGAGCUGCGGUCAGAUGUCAGUCCCGAUAACCGAGGAAGGACGCACCGUUGGGAUCCAUGUGAUCGAGAGAUGGUGCCUCCCGGCGCGCAAAUUAUUGAUUUUGUUAUUUAGACCUUUUAGAUGUGGCCUUCACUUCCGCGUCGUAAUGUUUUCACCAACUUCGGACCUUGUUCAAGUCAACGUAGGCGGCGUCCUCUACACCACAACACGUUCAACACUCACGCAGUAUCCAGACUCCAUGCUCGGGGCAAUGUUCCGUGGCGACAUCCCGUCAAAUUGCGACGACAACGGACACUACUUCAUCGACCGUGACGGGUUACUAUUUCGACACGUGCUCAAUUUCCUCCGGUGCUCAAGUUUAAAUCUGCCAAAAGACUUCAACGAAAUAAUGCAACUUCGCGUCGAGGCGGAUUUCUACCAAGUGCAGCCUCUCAUUGACAGCAUAGACCGGUUACAAAAUAGCGUUGAUAUCAAACCCGGUGUUUACAUCGAGGUAAAGGACCACGUCCAUUGCUAUAAAGGUUGGCACAUUAACACAAGCAUCUCUGGCCCACUGGAAAUGCUGCGGACUAUUUCACCGUUCAAGGAGGAAAUCACGUCACGUGCGUGUUGUGCUUGGAAGGAGGGAAACAUCAUGGAACUGUUUUUAGAAAAAUGUUCAAAGACUCGUCUCGACUUGGCGAUUUCUUUGAAAAAAGCCGGCUGGACUCUCGUCUCGACAACGUCUAGUUCUCAUUCGAAGAAUCCCACCGAUGCUUCUGUGGGGAAUGAAUCUCAACAGCUGAACAUCAUUAUUGAUAAAUGGUUUCUGGAAACGAACUUAGCCGACAGCUUGGAUUCCAAACUUGAAUGAUGACUUGAAAUAUUAGGUCUCAUUCUCUUUCUCCACCCCACUUGUAUGUUCUAUCGUUUUGCAUGAAUGAAUUCAAGUGCUAAGUGCAUUAAAUCUUUCGCUACCGCACCCGAUAUACUGCUGGCCCUCAGAAAUGCGUACUGCUAAAUUUUCGCACGAGCCUCGUAGCCUAGUGGUUAACACUGCUGGCUACCACGCAAUAGGGCCCGGGUUCGAUCCCGGGGAGAACCCAGGAUUGUAUUUCUGGAUGAACCGGCGUGGCUUUCAAGGAACUAAAAUUCCUGGCUCUUCACAACACGUACAUUAACGUAUGAAAUAGUCGAGGGUCUGUCGGAUGAGACUAAAAGCCGUGGUCCCUUGUACCUGAGUGUCUAUGCAAGGGCAAGUAAAAGAUCCCACAUAGGUGGACAGUAGCCUAUAGUGGACUCCAUACCUCCGGCAAAAAUCAAAUAGGGUUACAACGCCGGUAAUGAUGAUAAUGAUGAUAAAAACAUUCAACCACAGUCCCUAUAAGUGUUUGGUUGGUUACGCCUAAAAAAACCCAGAUGGCAGCACAGUGCUUGCACACCUUGUCCAUAAGGUUGGGUAAUUCUAGCUAUUUUGCAAUGAAACUUUUCCCAAGCCAAGUUGGGAUCCAAGCCACCCGUUCUAUGCCAGGUGCGGGUUAGGAGUACGAUUCUCUUAAAAAACACAUUGUGGUAGCGAAAGGGUUAAUGAGAACCUGGUGAACACAAUCAUGCACAUUCUCACAAAACUCACCACGCACAUGUGGGGAACAGUUCCACCCCGGCCGGGACACACCAACGGCAGAGGUACAACCACCCUCCGAAGAUAAAGACUUUUACAGCGCCACACAUGUCUUCAAAAUUUGUUGGAAAUAUGUUGGUGAUGACCACUUUUGAAAAUUGCCCAGUUUGUAUGUGCUGUAGUAAUUUGUGAAUCGGACUCGGAGGCAGUCUUGGGGUCGUUACUCACCUUUUUAUUUCAGGGGGAAGGAGAUGGUCCUCUGGGGGACAGAACACAACUUGCGGUUGGAAAAGGGCAAAAAAAUACAUGGAAAAAAAUUUUUCUGAGACCACUGACCCCCAACUAUAAGUACGCCAGUGCAGUCUCCGUCCAGGUUUUGGGCGUUGACCAAGCCUAUCAUGAACAGGUUUGUUGACAUGAGUGUGACGCUUCUUGGCAAUCGCGGUAAAGAGAAUAUUUCAAAAAAAAGAAU